UAUAUGAUGGUUUCUUCAAAAGUUAUAAGAAGAAAUCGUAAGAUAAAAACUCCAAUAAUAAUCCGUUAGGAAGGUACAAAAUCAUGAUAUAAAUAUUUCAUCUAGUGUUAUGAAUGCAGCAUAACUGCUGAAAAUGUGAUUAAAUGCUGCUGUUAUCAAAUUAUUUCACAUACUAGGUGACACGAUGUCACACUUAAUACACUGACUGUGGAUGAGAUGAGAGCGUCUGCUAAAUGACUAUACAUUGUAAUGUAAAAAAUUAAUCUCACGGCUGAUCGAUCAUUUCAUUUGUUGGAGUGCGGCACAAUUGGAUUUUUCCUCAGUAAUUUUCUACGCGUUAAAUUCCCAUUCCCUUCUGAUUAUGAACGCACCGUCAGCUCUCUCGCUACGCCAUACAGUCAGAAAAACGCCCCUUCCGACGUCUCAGUUUCUUCGGCUUGUACAUUGGUCAGUUUCUGAAAUGCUUGGCGCGCUUGUUCGUGAAGCAGGGACUGUCAUAACCAAUCUCUAGCUCCUGCCAACUAGUCUACACAUCAUUGAAUAUCAAUCCGUACCGUCAUCUGGAGCUUUAUUUUCAGUUAUGGAGGAGGCUGAUGCCCGCGACUUUCCUUUCCCCUACAAGCCAUACCCCAUCCAGGAGCAGUUCAUGCAGGCCCUGUAUGGGGCACUAGAGCAUGGCAAAGUUGGCAUCUUUGAGAGCCCGACUGGAACGGGCAAGUCUCUUAGUAUAAUCUGUGGAGCUUUAAGCUGGCUGAGGGAUCAUGAGGCGAAGAGAAAACAGGAGGCUGACAGACUGCUGCAAGGAGACAUGGGUACAUCUCUCAACAGCUCUUCCUCCUCAACUGUCUCCAUCCCUCCAUUGUCCUCAGCUGAGCCUGACUGGAUCACUGACUUUGUUCAGAAAAAGGCAGAACGGGACUUGGUGUCUAAACUGAAGGAUGAAGAAUUGCGGAGGAAGAAAAGGGAGGAACGCCUGGAAAUGAUCAGAAACAACUCUCAACUGAAAUAUGCUCUAAAGAGAAAGAUCUGUGAGGAUGAUGAGGCAAUGAAGUUGCUGCAGCUCCCUGUGGACCACCAGGGGGAGGAGCUCAAGGACCAUGAAGAGGAGGAGCUUAUAGUGGCAGAGUAUGAGAGUGAUGACGAAUCAAAGACCAAGAACAAAUUCUCUUGCGGUGAUGAUGAAGAUGACUUGGAGGAGGAGCACGUCACUAAGAUCUACUACUGCAGCCGCACACACUCCCAGCUGUCUCAGUUUGUCCAUGAGGUGCAGAAGAGUCCCUUCAAUCAGGACGUCAGUCUGGUCACACUAGGGUCCAGACAGAAUAUGUGUGUAAAUGAAGAGGUCCGGCGGCUGGGCAGCGUCCAACGCAUCAAUGACCGCUGUAUGGAGAUGCAGAAGAACAAACACGACCAGCGUCCGAAGGGGGAAGUGGACCAAGGUAAGAGGAGGAGGGGCGUGUCUAAGGCAGUGUGUCCAUAUGUCGGUGCUCAGGGGCUUCAGACACUGCGGGACUCGGUGCUGGGGGCGGUGCGAGACAUAGAACAGCUGCUCAGCCUGGCGAGAGAAACCCGUUCCUGUCCCUACUACGCCUCACGCCUCGCUAUACCCCCCGCACAGCUGGUGGUGCUGCCCUAUCAGACAGUGCUUCAUGAGGGGACCAGGAGAGCAUCAGGGGUGCAGCUGAAAGGACAGGUGCUGAUCAUAGAUGAGGCCCACAACCUUAGUGACACACUCUCCUGUAUACACAGCUCAGAACUGACUGGAGCACAGCUAUGCCGCGCACACUCCCAGCUGACGCAGUACUCUGAACGCUACAGGAGUCGACUGAAGGCCAAGAACUUGAUGUACAUCAAACAGAUCCUUUUUGUGAUAGAGGGUCUGCUCCGUGUUUUGGGAGGAAAGGUGGGACAGAAUCCACACAGCCAGAGUACUCAGCCAGCAACUGAACUGCUGACAAUGAACAACUUCCUGUUCAAGGCUCAGAUAGACAACAUCAACCUGUUUAAGGUGCAUAGAUACUUUGAGAAGAGCAUGAUCAGCAGGAAGCUCUGUGGCUUCAUUGAAAAGUAUGCAGGGACAGGUGUGACAUCACACACACAAACACAGUCUGACAAAAAAGAGAACCGUCGCACUGAGGGCCUGAAUCGCUACCUGCAGGCUCUGCAAACCAGCCAACAGCCUGACACAGAGUCUCCUCCUGGCCUGCAGGGAGCAGCAGAUGACAGGGAGCUGGCAGCAUCCCCAAUGAUGCAGAUAGAAGGGUUCUUCAUGGCUCUCACCAACACCAACACCGAUGGACGGGUGAUGUUACACACACAAGGUAGUGUAGCAGUGAGUAGUGUGAAGUUCCUACUGUUGAACCCGGCAGUCCACUUUUCUCAGGUGCUGAAGGACUGUAGAGCAGUCAUCAUUGCUGGAGGAACCAUGCAGCCUGUGUCUGACUUUAAGCAGGAGCUGCUAUUCUCUGCCGGGGUCGAGGCAGAGCGCAUUACAGAGUUCUCCUGUGGUCACGUGAUUCCUCCAGAGAAUAUCCUGCCUCUGGUGUUGUGUAGUGGCCCAUCUGGUCAGGAGCUGGAGUUUACCUUCCAGAACAGAGAUACACCACACCUGAUGGAUGAGACUGGACGUGUGCUGUCCAACCUGUGUAAUGUGGUGCCUGGAGGCAUUGUGUGUUUCUUUCCCUCCUACGACUACUCAAGAAGAAUUUUGGGACAUUGGGAGGCCAGCGGAGUCCUGGCACGCCUCUCCAGCAAGAAGAAGAUCUUCCAAGAACCAAAGAAAGCCAAUCAGGUGGAACAGGUGCUCAAUGAGUUCUCACGCACAAUUCAGAGGUGUGCUGUGGACGGAGGUGUGCUCUCAGGAGCGUUACUGUUCUCUGUGGUCGGUGGGAAGAUGAGCGAGGGCAUCAACUUCUCAGAUGAACUGGGCAGGUGUAUUGUAAUGGUUGGGAUGCCGUAUCCAAACAUCAAGUCUCCUGAGCUACAAGAGAAGAUGUCUUAUCUUGACAAGAACCUGCCUCACUCUGGUGGAAGGAGUCCAGGACAGGCUCUGAUAGAGAACCUCUGUAUGAAGGCUGUCAAUCAGUCAAUAGGAAGAGCCAUCCGUCACCGUGAAGACUACGCGUGUAUCAUUCUGUGUGACCGACGCUACUCUCGACCUGCAACUCUGGCCAAACUUCCUGACUGGAUCAGAGCACACACGCGCACACACACCAGCUUUGGCCCCGCCUUCGCUGGACUGAGACGGUUCUUCAUUGAGAAGAAGAAGCAACAGCAGCUAUGAGAGGACAGUGCAUAUCCAGUAAAGGACAGGACUUCCCGCUGGACCGGACUCUCUUUUUG